AGAAGGAGAUUAAAUAUAAGGCUGUAACGAUGCGCGGGAUCUUCGCUAGUUGUGCACUCACAGCACUACUGCUGGCUGCAGCCUGGGCAGACCACCACCACCACCACCACCACCACCACGGCCAUGGCACUGACCACAGCCACGAGGGAGAAAUGAGCUGCGAGAAGCUGUCCCCUCCCAACGCCGACUUUGCCUUUGCCCUCUAUAGAAGUCUGAAUGCCAAAGCUGCUGCCGGAAAGAACAUCUUCUUCUCGCCGCUGGGCGUCUCCGCCGCCCUGGCCAUGCUGUCUACAGGGGCCGGCGGUGCAACCCACAGUCAGCUGUUCUCCAGCUUGGGCUACAGCGCUCACACUCAGGCAGAGAUCAAUGAAGGGUACGAGCAUCUUUUCCACAUGCUUGGCCACAGCCAGGAGAAUUCGCAGAUGGCCGUCGGCAACAUUGCCGCGGUGCGCACCGGCUUCAAUCCGCUGGAGAAGUUCCUGAAGGAUGUGCAGCAGUACUACUCCGGCGAGAUCGUCAAGGUCGACUUUACCAAAACUGCUGAGGCCGCAGCUGAGAUCAACAGACUGAUUGCGGCUAAAACGCAGGGCAAGAUCAAAGACCAGGUAAAGGACUUGGACUCUGACAUGGCCAUGGUGCUGAUCAACUACGUCUACUUCAGAGGACAGUGGGAGAAGCCCUUCAAUGGUGACCAGACAGCUAAGGCAGACUUCCGCGUGGACGGAACCACCACGGUUCAGGUGGACAUGAUGAAGAGGUCCGGUCGCUACGACUUUUAUCAGGAUGCCGAGAACCACACCACCGUCAUCAUGCUGCCCUACAAGGGCAACACCUCCAUGAUGAUCGUCCUGCCCGAUGAAGGCAAGAUGACCGAGGUGGAGGGCUUCAUCACCAAGGACGUCAUCAAGCACUGGCAUGACUCACUCUCCAGGAACUCCGUGGAUCUGUCCCUGCCAAAAUUCUCCAUCUCUGCUGAUGCCUCCCUGGACAGCACUUUGAAAGAAAUGGGCAUAACUGAUGCGUUUGCAGACACUGCUGAUUUCUCUGGCAUGUCUGACGAGGUCAAGCUCAAAGUCUCAAAGGUGUCCCAAAAAGCCGUGCUGAGCGUGGACGAAACAGGAACGGAGGCGGCAGCCGCCACCACCAUCGAGGUCAUGCCCAUGAGCAUGCCUGAAAUCAUGACGCUCGACAGACCCUUCCUGGCCUUCAUCCUGGAGCACUCGACUAAGAGCAUCCUCUUCAUGGGCAAGAUCAACAACCCCACAGCCAUGUAA